AGCGCCGCUUCGGCUCGAGGGAAAGAUGGCCCUCACCGGUCCCGGGCUUUCAGGGCUUCCACUUCCGGCGUUCAGGUCAGCGGUGAUUCUGGGAGGACCGUCACCUGCAGCCGUGCAAGCCGCCCCUGAGUCUGCUGCCUGGCGUGCCGGGAGGUGGGCCGUUCUCCCUGCAGCACCUCUUUUGCUGCGCGCGCGGCGGAGGCUUGCGCAACGAGGAGCCGGCGCCAGAGGCGUUCGAGUGUGCUGCGCUCCGAAUUCCAGGUCUCGACUGCUCAACGAGGAGCCUGAGGAGGCCAUCCGUCGCCUGAGCCACGAAAUCCACGAGGCCAUCGCCUCGGACGACGCGCGGCGCGCGUCCCAGGCGCAGCGGGAGCUGCGGAAGAUCCAGCUGGACAGACCCUCGGUGGCGUGCCGGCAUCUCAUCCAUGAGGACGUGACCGCCGCUGCCACGCUGCUGUACUUAGGCGAGCGCGCCUCCGUGCGCGGCCGCGUGAAUGCCGUGAAGAAGCUCAGCAGGUGGCUGCGGUGGCCGCACGCCACCAACAAGGACCUGGUGCCGGUGGCCACAGCCCUGGAGGGUUUGCUCAGCGCCCUGCGCUCCGAGCCCGAGGUGGCUUGGGCAGCACAGUGCGCUCUCUUCCAUGUGGUGCGAUGCCACUCCGCGCGGAGCCCCCACAACGUGAAGGAAACCACGCGAGGCCAAGUCACGCGCUUGCUGCUCGAGGCCAAUGUGCCUUUUCCCUUCUGCCUGCCCGAGCUGACUGAGCGGGCGGCCGAGGCCUACGAGACGGCCCUGCGCGCGUCCCCGGUGCGGAGCUUCUUCGCGCGGCUGAAGGAGCUCACGCUCAUCGACCCGGGCUACGGGGAGAGUUGGCAGAGCUACGACCUGGCGCUGUUCCGCGGCUUCGCCCAGCGCCUGGGGAAAUGCCUCGUGAACCUGCGGGCAUUGAAGGUGAUGGGCUUUGAGGACUGCGCCAUGAAGCUGGUGCUGCCCACGCUUUGGAUGCCCAAGCUCAGGCAAUUACACAUCUUCGGGUGCUGCCAGCAGAGACAGUCGCGCGCGGCGAUCCUGUCGCUGGUCAACAGGAAUCGCUUGCAGCUGGAGGAGUUGGAGCUGAACCUCUGGACGGAGUUUCUCCACGAGGCAGAGGAUCCAGUCCUUUCCCUCGAGAAGCUGCCAAAGGUGAAGCGCUUGUCGCUGCACGUGCCGCUCCUGCCUGCCUGGCAGCACUUUGGGGACCUCUGCCCCCUUUUGGAGGAGCUGACCUUCGUGUAUUCCCAGGACAUCGCCCUCAACGCAGCGAGAGUGCUGGUGGACUCUGAGCCUGGGGAGGAGGAGGAGAUCCUGGUGAAUACAAGCACUCGCAUUUACCGUGAUGCGGUGCGCUUCGCCGCGCAGCUGCAGUCCCACGGCUUCGCGGAGCUGGCGGAGCAUUGCCCCCGCCUGCAGGUGAUUCGCUUCAAGAUGUGGGACAACUCCUUUGGCUAUGACAGCACUGCGGCGAAGGAGCACUUCACCGUGUGCUGGAGGCGCAGUGAGCGCAGCAGGCCGGGUCGAGCUUUUCUGCGGGACGCGGAUGUGAACAACGCGACCCGCGCGACUCUGGAGGC